AUGACGGUAGACUAUCUCCUCGUUGCUACAUGUUCGUAUCCUUUCCGCCUCGAACCCCUUAAGGAGCUCGAGUGUGACAGCGACUGUUAUGCUGCUCAGCCGCCUUGGGUUGGAACACUUAUCAAGGAGCUCCCCAAGGAAGUUCAUGUCGCUUCUAAUGCCUCAACGGAGGAACUCUACACCUCCCUGGCUGAAGCCUCAGCCAUUUCCGUCUAUCGUCUGAGAAUCACCAGAGGAGGCGACCGGGUCUUGAUCCCUAACUCCAAGGAAACCACUAUCCACAAGACUGGACUCAAGGAUAAGGAUGUUGUUCAUGUUAAGGACCUAGGGAUGUCUGCAAACGUCCCUGCUCACCGCUGCUGGAUUGGCUACUACUGGGUAAUGGCUGGCUUUAACAUUCCAUACUGGGUUUUCCGGCCCGACGCAGCUGUGGUGAGUAGGAAGCCUGAUCCUGGCUUGCUCUAUAUAGGUCUUGUCCUGUUUAUUUUCGGAGAGUUGUCGAACUUGAACGCUCAUUUGGUUCUGCGAGACCUACGUCGUCCGGGCACGACCGAGCGUGGCAUCCCGUCCGGCUUUGGAUUCAGCGCUGUGACCUGUCCCAACUACUUCUUCGAGAUUGUCUCCUGGGCUGGUAUUUAUCUGGUUAGUGGGCUGAGCUGGAGUAUUCUUCUCGUCAUCAUUAUCGGGAGUGUGCAAAUGGCUAUCUGGGCAAAGAAGAAGGAGCACCGCUACCGCAAGGAAUUCGGAGACAGGUAUAAACAUAAGAGGUUUGUUAUGAUUCCUGGAGUUGUUUAA